AAAAAAAAACUACUAAUCGCUAAAAAAAUAUCGAGAAUCGAUUCUAGACAAUUCGACGAGAGCGCCACCAAAAUAAACUUAGAAGUUUCUUCAAGUGUCAAAAAGUGCGGUUAAAAGCAAUCAUUUAAUUAAGUGAACAGUAAGUAAUUAUUUAAACAAGUACAAAUUGGAAUAAUGCCGUGUUGGUACUACGACAAAAAAGAACUGAGACACACUCCAUCAAUCCAAGACUCUAUAGACUACGAAACAGAAUGCAGGUACAGAAAAGAAGGCGCCAGAUUUAUAAUAGACACUGGCUCGAAGAUGGAUUUAGGUUAUAACACUAUGGCAACUGGAGUUGUUUAUUUUCACCGUUUUUACAUGUUUCACUCAUUUAAACAGUUUCCUAGAUACGUCACUGCUUGUUGCUGCUUAUUUUUGGCGGGGAAAGUCGAGGAAACUCCUAAAAAAUGCAAGGAUAUUAUUAAGACAGCUAAAACUUUGUUGACUGAUCAAAAAUUUGCGACAUUUGGAGAGGAUCCGAAGGAAGAAGUAAUGACACUUGAAAGAAUUUUAUUGCAAACAAUAAAAUUCGAUUUGCAAGUUGAACAUCCCUAUAGUUAUUUAUUAAAAUACGCUAAAUGUCUAAAAGGAGAUAAAGGUAAAUUACAAAAAAUGGUACAAAUGGCUUGGACAUUCGUAAAUGAUAGUUUAUGUACUACAUUGUCAUUACAAUGGGAGCCAGAAAUAAUAGCAGUAGCGCUAAUGUAUUUAGCUGGAAAAUUAAGUAAAUUUGAAGUUGUUGAUUGGAACGGCAGACAACCAAAACACUUGAGGUGGUGGGAUAUGUUUGUCGAAGAUGUUACAAUGGAUUUAUUAGAAGAUAUCUGUCAUCAAGUAUUAGAUUUAUAUUCACAGGCUAAUAAUGCAAAGCCUCCAGAUUCACCACCGAUGACACCAUCAAAUCACGCAACCGCUGAAGUAAUAACAACACCUGCGUCUAUUGAAUCAGCAUCCAAUACUCCGAACAGAACGCCAAUAAAAAUCCAAAAAAUAGAAACAACGCCAGUUUCAUCAAACGGCUGCCCACCACUGGAGCCUCCAGUCCUUCAACCAGAAACCGUGGUGAAACCAAUUGAAAUUCCACCCCCGCACUAUACUACGUACCCACCGAAUUUCGCACCAGCACCCGCGCCAUACCCUGGAGUGUUUCCUCCAGCAAAUAUCUCGGUACCGCCACCCUCGGUGAAUCCGAUGAAUCAUUUAGUGCCAGCGAUGCGGCUGGCUCCUCCGAUCCGUCCGGCUCAGCCGCCUCCCACUCCAGCUCCACCGUUUCAAUCAUACGGCUAUCCUACAAACGCCACCUACUUUUCAUCGGGGAAUUCCGUUCCUGGAAAUCCUCCUCGUCCUUACUAUCCACCUCCCUCAUAAGCUAAAUCGUUUUGUACUAUUUUUAUUAAGUAAUUCACUGGAUAAUAUUUUAUUUGAUGCGACAGUUAAAAUAUUUUCAGUUUAAUGAAAUUAUGUUUUGGUUAAGAGAAAAUUGUCAAAGUUCAUGGAGGAAGAUUAUGAUUUUUUUUUUUUUUUUUUUUUUUUUUUCCAAUGGAGAUUGAAGUUUCCGUUUUGGUCAGCUGCUUUUUGGUGAUCAAAUUGAAUUGAACAUAUUUGUAUUUUAAAAUUUGAUACUAAUAAUAAUAAUAAAAAAAGAAAAGAAAAAAAAACGUAAGUUUUUUUUUACU